UUUCAGACCUUCUCAUUGGCCUUCACAGAUCAUCUAUGUGGCGGUCCAACUUGAAGUGGAUGAGCCACCACCACUGCCGCUUCAUGCCACGCUAACAUACAAUAACCAACUGACAAUGGGUCUAUGCAUGCGCAGGUCCACAGGUUGCUCCUGUGAGUAUAUAUAACACUUCGUUCAAGCCAGAACAUGGUCAAUUCAUCUCUCGCGUCCUCAUCUACCAAGUCCCCUCCAGUAACCCGCCUCCCUCGCCACCUCAGUAAUGUCGUCAUCUUCCGGACUCUACAUCCCCGUACACCGACGGGAACCUCCACCGGGUUCGGCUAGCUCAACAAAGGUUUCGUUACCCGCACACUCGUUGUUACCCUUGCCUCAUGAUAGUAGUGAGUAUUAUCAUCUAGCCUUCACCCAUCGGGUGGCACAUACCUCAUGUUCGUCACGUCAUACAGGACCUAUCUACACACCUUCAGACAUGCUACUAUUAGCGUCAUCGCCUCUGUCAAAGUUAUCGCAGAACGAAUUGAACACCCUGCGAGCCGUAGCACCAGAAAUUGUCCAGAGCCAGAGGCAGCGCAAAACACACGAAUGGAACAUGAGUUUUGGCCCGUACUGGCCCGGGAACCCUCGCAGACGCCCUCAAUUCCCGUUGGGGUCACAUCUAAACACUUCUGAAAUUGAAGGUGAAGGACAAGGAUGGAGGAAGUGACGCGUAGUGAUACACACACCCGUCCGAGUCGAGUCCUCCCUAGGCAUAUGCGAAGGCAGUCUUUAUUAUGCUACAGAUCAUGUUGUAUGAAUCCAAUUUUUUGAGCCAACGCCUAAAG